UCAAAUAACAAUCAGAGUAGAAACAAACAAGCAAUGAGCCCCUCUAGACAAGCAAUCCCAAGACAUUACAACAUAUCGUCAAACUGAUCAACAAGCAAUCCCAAGACACAGCAACAUAUCGUCGAACUCCGAAACACAAUGAUAUCCACCAACUUCACUCAGUUGCCGGGGCCCGCCGGGGUAAGGCCAGGGAUGGAAGGCAUGGUUGGCAAACCACUAGGCAUCGGCGGCAGAGAAACCUUUGGGAUGGAAGGAAUAGUGGGCAGGGUAGGAAUCGCACCGGCGCUGGGGAGCGGCGGCAGUCCUCCUCCGGACGGCAGGGUGGGCAAGGCGCCGGCGCUGGGAAGUGGCGGCAAUCCUCCGGUUGGGAGAGUUGGUAGCGGCAGAGAUGGGAUGGUGGGCAUCGGAGGCAGUGCUGUGGGUUUCGGCAGUUGGAGGAGCUGUCGAGCCGCCAUUCCGUUUUUCAUGCUGGAGAAUGUGACGGCCGCCAGAACGAUAGCAACGAGGAAGAACUUCGAGUUAGAAGCCAUGUUUAUGGAGGAGGUUAAUUUGGAAUUAAGGGUUGUUUUGUCGGUGUAACUAGUGAUGGAGGGAAAGGUUUAAGAGGUGCGAGGGUUUAUA